CUAUCUUCACUUUUAGCGCUAUUAAAAUGCUAAUAUAAUGAAUUUAGGCAGCGAGCGCACCGGGGUCUACCUCUCGCCAUGGACGCCGGGUUGCCGUUGACGGGUUAGCCGCUUAGCCGUUAGCUCACUUUUUGUUGUUCGCUGGAUCCUACAUGGAAUUCGUGUCCGUCGCUAGCAGAAUGCUGAAGAGACAAGGCACGGCUUUGAUGAACGCUGGCUUGAAUAAAGGGACAACAGUUUUAAGAAAAUAACUCCGAGAGACAGUUUGAGAUUUUAAAGGAAGUUUUUUCUUUUUCUUUUUUCUUUUCUUUUUCUCUCCUCUCUCUUUCCCUCUCCCGGCGGGGGGACUGCUGUUUGGGCGGCCGGUUUCGGCUCGGGCAGUGGAGAGACAGACACCCCCGAGGAGACCGCUCGGCUGUCUGGCUCCGGUCGUGGCCUGGCUUCGGGCACUCCCAGCUUUAUCCGCUAGCAUCGGAGCACAGGCGACAAGAAUAAAGCAAGACAAAUACGGGACGCUUCUUUUGCGUAUAUCCUACCCCUGGAUAUUCCUAAACAGUUUAUUAAGGAUAAGGAACUCAUUUUCCUCCACACGGCGUCUUCCAAAACAAUGGCGUCUUAUGUGGAUAACAGCUUUCGGCAGGCUGUGAUGAUGAAUCCGGCUGAAAGGACGCAACAGGACCUGGAGAUCGUCUAUUCUUAUCUCCAUGGGAUGGAGGCUUUGUCCAACCUGCGAGAGCACCAGCUAAGGAUAAUGUGUGAGACGGUGCGAUACGAAAGACACGAGGCUAAUGAAGUGCUCUACUACCCUGAUGACAUUGGAAGCUGCUGGUACAUCCUGUUGUCCGGCUCCGUUUUCAUCAAGGAGUCCAUGUUUCUGCCCAGAAGCAGUUUUGGGAAGCGAUCAGCAGGCAGCCUGCGACGCGGAUGUGAGUGCAUCGUCCUGGAACCCUCAGAGAUGAUUGUGGUGGACUAUAUGGAUGAAAAUGAGGAGUACUUUCAGCGGCAAGCCUCGCACAGACAGUCCCGGCGGCGCUUUCGGAAGAUCAACCAGAAAGGGGAGAGGCAGACAAUCAUCGACACCGUGGAUCCGUACCCCACCGGAAAGCCGCCCAUAGCCCGGGGAUACCACACGGAAUGCAAUAAACCUCAGCUCCCCGCAGACUUCAGCAGACUUCACCUGGCCGACGGCUUACACCCACAGGUGACCCACGUCUCCUCCAGCCACUCAGGAUGUAGUAUCACCAGCGACUCUGGAAGCAGCAGCCUGUCAGACAUUUACCAGGCCACAGAGAACGAACCAGGUGACAUGGACCUGAGUGGCCUGCCGGAGACAGCCGUCGACUCCGAGGAGGACGACGAUGAGGAGGACAUCGAGCGAGCGUCGGACCCCCUCAUGAGCCGGGACAUCGUGCGGGACUGCCUGGAGAAGGACCCGAUGGACAGGACCGACGAUGACAUAGAGCAAUUACUGGAGUUCAUGCAUCAACUGCCAGCAUUUGCCAACAUGACCAUGUCAGUGAGGAGGGAACUCUGCGCUGUCAUGGUUUUCGCUGUGGUCGAACGCGCCGGCACCAUCGUUCUCAAUGAUGGAGAAGAGCUGGACUCGUGGUCGGUGAUCCUGAACGGUUCGGUGGAGGUGACGUACCCUGACAGCCGGACGGAGAUCCUGUGCAUGGGGAACAGUUUUGGGGUGUCACCAACCAUGGAGAAGGAAUACAUGAAAGGUGUCAUGAAGACCAAGGUGGACGACUGCCAGUUUGUGUGUAUAGCCCAGCAGGACUACUGCUGCAUCCUCAACCAGGUAGAGAAGAACAUGCAGAAGGUUGAAGAAGAAGGAGAGAUCGUUAUGGUGAAGGAACACCGUGAACUGGACCGCACCGGCACCAGGAAAGGACACAUCGUCAUCAAGGGCACGCCGGAGCGUCUCACCAUGCACCUCGUGGAGGAGCACUCAGUGGUGGACCCAACCUACAUCGAGGACUUCCUGUUGACCUACAGGACCUUCCUCUCCAGCCCCAUGGUCGUGGGCAAGAAGCUGCUGGAGUGGUUCCACGACCCCAGUCUCAGGGACAAGGUUACACGGGUAGUCUUGCUGUGGGUAAACAAUCACUUCAAUGACUUCGAGGGCGACCCCGCCAUGACUCACUUUUUGGAAGAGUUUGAAAACAAUCUGGAGAAAGAAAAAAUGUGUGGGCACCUCAGACUGUUAAACAUAGCAUGUGCUGCUAAAGCCAAGCCGCGGCUGGUGACACUGACCAAGCCGUCCAGGGACUCUCCACUGGCAUUCAGCCUUCUCGGAGGUCAGGAGAAAGGUUUCCGUAUCUUCAUUGAUGCCGUGGAUCCAGGGAGCAAGGCGGCAGAAGUCGGCCUUAAACGUGGAGAUCAGAUCUUGGAGGUCAAUGGGCAGAACUUUGAGAAUGUCCAGCUCAGCAAAGCCAACGAGAUUCUGAAGAACAACACUCACUUGUCCAUAACUGUGAAGACAAACCUUUUAGUGUUUAAAGAGCUGCUAACAAGGCCAGAACACGACCACGACUUGGAUGGUGAGGAGGAACACGACAGGAAGAACGGGGCACCUCACCUGCCGAAGAUCGGGGACAUCAAGAAGGCCAGCCGCUACUCUAUCCCCGACCUGGCGGUGGACGUGGAGCAGGUGAUGGGCCUGGAGAAGGUCAGCAAGAAAGCCAAGACCAACACGGUGGGAGGGCGCAACAAGCUGAAGAAGAUCUUCGACAAGACGCUCACCAGCAUCCUGCCCCCUAAACCUUACAAUGACGUUUGCGUGGGCCAAUCGCAAGACGACAGCAUCGUGGGGAUGAAGCAGUCGAAACAGAUCCCACCAGCUCUGCCAGUCAGUGGAAAUCUCUCGUCGUCGAACCCAGACCUUCUGCAGUCUCACCACCGCAUCCUCGACUUCAACAACCAGCCUGUCCCAGUCACACUGAAUAUGUCAGACCAGGUAUUACGAGUCUUCAAGGCGGACCAGCAGUCCCGGUACAUCAUGAUCGGGAAGGACACGACGGCUAAGGAGGUGGUGGCCCAGGCCAUCAGGGAGUUUGCCCUGACCGCUGCACCAGAGGCGUAUUCGCUGUGUGAGGUGUCUGUCACUCCAGAGGGCGUCAUCAAGCAGAGGCGGUUACCUGAUCAGCUUUCUAAACUAGCUGACAGGAUUCAGCUGAGCGGCAGAUACUACCUAAAGAGCAACAUGGAGACGGAGACGUUAUGUUCAGACGAGGACGCCCAGGACCUCCUUCGAGAAGGCCAGAUCUCUUUGUUACAGCUCAGCACGGUGGAAGUGGCCACUCAGCUCUCCAUGCGAGCGUUUGAACUUUUCUGUGCCAUCGAGCCCACCGAAUACAUCGAUGACCUGUUCAAGCUGCGCUCCAAGACCGGCUCUGCCAGCCUGAAGCGCUUCGAGGAGGCCAUCAACCAUGAGACCUUCUGGGUGGCCACGGAGGUGACGCGGGAGCCCAACCAGCUCAAACGCAUGAAGACCGUCAAGCACUUCAUCAAGAUCGCCCUGCACUGUCGGGAGUGCAAGAACUUCAACUCCAUGUUCGCCAUCAUCAGCGGUCUCAACCUGGCUCCAGUCUCCAGACUGAGGGGAACAUGGGAGAAGCUACCCAGCAAGUACGAGAAGCUGUUCGGGGACCUGCAGGACCUCUUCGACCCCUCCAGAAAUAUGGCCAAGUACAGGAAUGUCCUCAACAAUCAGAACCUCCAGCCACCAAUCAUCCCCCUGUUCCCUGUCAUCAAAAAGGACCUCACCUUCCUACAUGAAGGCAAUGACUCCAAAGUGGACGGCCUGGUGAACUUUGAGAAGCUGAGGAUGAUUGCCAAAGAAAUUCGCCAUGUUGGCCGCAUGGCGUCCGUCAACAUGGACCCAGCGCUUAUGUUCCGAACCAGGAAGAAGAAAUGGAGAAGUUUAGGGUCUCUAAGUCAGGGUAGUGCCAACGCGGCCGUGCUUGACGUCACCCAGACAGGUGGGCACAAGAAGCGGGUGCGACGCAGCUCCUUCCUGAACGCCAAAAAGCUUUACGAGGACGCCCAGAUGGCCAGGAAGGUCAAACAGUACCUGUCCAACCUCAGCCUGGAGACGAACGAGGAGAGCCUGCAGACGCUGUCGCUGCAGUGCGAACCCUCCAUCAGCACAUUGCCCAAGAAUGCAGGUGGCAAACGACCAGACACUUCUCCAGUUGUGCCCAGAGCUGCCAGUCAACAAAGGGGCCAGUUGGCCAAAGGAAACCAGGCCCUCCAGGUCCCCGCCGUGGCGCUCUACCCAUCCCGAAAGAAAGUGCCAGUCAAGGAUCUACCGCCUUUUGGCACCAGUUCCCCCCAGUCCCUGAAGAAGAUCCUGUCUUUGUCAGAAGAGGGGAGCGAAAGGCACCGGAGGCAGCCAGAGGACACUGUGUCCAACGCCUCCUCCCAGCUCUCCUCCCCUCCCACCUCCCCCCAGAGCUCGCCCAAGAAGGGUUACAACAGGAUGGGAGACGCCUACUCAGAUUCUGGUCACAGUGAGAUCUCCUCUCGAUCCAGUCUUGUCAGUAACUCCUCUUUCGACAUGGCCCAGGAGGAGAGGAGACUCCGUCACUCUGGAGGAGUCGGAGAAUCUCACAUUGGAGGACCACGGCUGGAACGAAGAGCCACCACCGACCCCGACCAGUACAGCCUGGGGUCAUAUUCGUCAAUGCAGGACUGUCGGGGUAUUUACGCUGGCUGCCCUACAGUACUCUCCUCACCCAGUUCAGAGGAACUGACUCAGGAUCAGGGCGAUCGCGUUUCCCUCGAUGCUGCAGACAGCGGCCGCGGCUCCUGGACUUCCUGCUCCUCUGGCUCUCAUGACAACAUCCAGACCAUGCAGCAGGGGCGGAGCUGGGAGACUCUGGCCUUUGGUGGAGGUGGCGGUGGAGGCGGGAUUGGAGGGCUCCCUCCGGGCGGACCGGAGGCCUUAUUAGGGGGUCCUGCAGCGCUGUGGGCAGCACAGGCCAGGGGGAGCUGGGCAUCUGCCAGCUCCUCCUCAUCCUCAGCAGCGUACUGGGGGGAGGACUCCGAGGGAGACACCGGCACCAUCAAGAGGAGAGGAGGAAAGGACGUCAACGCCGACCCAGAAACAAGUAGCAUCACAUCCACCGGAUCAGAGGAGGCAAAGCAGCUCGGCCGACCGUCUCCAUCACCCAUCACUGCUGGGGGUAAAGGCCUCAUUUCUCGGAAAGAGAGCCGUUACCGUGAGCCUCCCCCGACUCCCCCCGGCUACACUGCCCUGACCAUCUCUGACCUUGCUGAAGGACAGCACCCAGCGCCGUCUGUUCCCACGUCCACAGCGACCCACUCGGGCCGCCGGCCACCAGACUACACCACGGCCCUGCAGCGCUCACGCAUGGUCACCCAGUCGCCCGACUCCCAUCAGGCCCACCAGGGGGCCAAACAGCGGGCGGGCGGCCUCCACCGCACUCGCUCACCAGCCGAGGAGCAAGAGCCUGAGGAGGAAGAGGAGGAAGAUGAACAGGUGUCAGCGGUCUGAGGGACAACAGUGGACGUCUUUUUGCAGUAACUUGAAGUCCCCCUGGUUCGGGGUGGGCAGGAUUAAAGAGACAGACCAAUAGACUCAUCAUCCGUUACGUACGUGCCUGCCUCCUCCACUUGGCUCUCCCUCCCAAUCAGUGGAUUCCUCUGCUCAUCUCCCUCCCCUGCCUUAAAGCAUCAUGAGGGGUUGAAUGACCCUGCAUGCAAAAAAUACUGUGAAGAAGAGACGGAGAGAAGGUCAAAGACAAUGACAAAAUGCCUGGCACUUUGGAGAAAGACAAAAAAAAAAAAAAAAAAAAAAAAGGACUACAGGAACCUAACUGGCGCCGGGAGGGUCGACCCGGCCGCAUCCACACAAAACCACAUAGAUGUCGCUGUUAGAAACGGGACCGGCUCCUUGAGACUGCCCCCCCUCCUCCUCCUCCUCCUCCUCCCCGACUCCGGUGACAAAACCCCACCUGUUAACACAACAGCAUCAUGACGUGUUGAGCUUCAUCUGCACUUUCUCAUUUUCUACUUUCUAAGAAAACAAGAACAAAUAAAAUGAAAAAAAAACAAACAAACAACAACAAAACAGACUAUUGUUGAAGACGGAGAGAAACGCUAGUUGACUUGACUCUUGAUUUUCAACUUCCCACUAGGUUUCUUUCCUCGUUUUGUUUUCUUUUUGACUGAUUGCACUCUUGGGGGCCGAAAAGAGAAACCAAGUCAGCCCAUCAUUUCUCUCCCUGGACUGAAACAACUCAUCUGUUGUCGAGUGUUUGAGCUCUGAAUCCAGUAUUAUCUCAAGUUCACAUGUGAAAGCUUAUCACUUGUUGGUUUGAAUCAAAAGAAGCUAGGAGGAGGGCUCGGUCGAGAGAACCAACAUGCACAGUGUACUGACAUGCCUACACACACACACACACACACACACACACACAAAAAAUACAUUUUAUGUACCAGUGCAUAAACAAAAACACAGUUGAAUUCUAAAACUAGCACUUUCAGCACAAUCCUAGAUGUUACCAGACAUUUGGCCUGGAUACCAGGGUAUGAGUGAACCAUAUCUUUACCGUCGCCCCACCUCAGAGCGUGUCAGAGAUCUCAGUCUUUUCAUCAUCUUGUUGCUUUCUGUUACACUGAGAUCGUACCGUUUUGAUGCUGACCUGCAGGUGAUAUCAAAAAGCACAGAGGUGAUCGACCACCCGCCGAGAAUCAUGUGAGACUCCCAUCAUGUUGUGCAUCGAGCUAAAUAAAGCUGUAAAUCGAUGAAUCAUAGUACAAACUGUGGGCAGCGAGCGAGCUCUCACUGACAUGAGUAAAGUCCCCUCUCGCUCCUGAAGGAAUCACAGACCAGCAGGGGUGGGAAACAUCAGCAGAUCUCAGAAGCUGCCAACGUGUUCAUUUCGAGUGUACCUCUAUCAGUCUACCUAAACGAUCUUGUACAGAGUCUUAUAAUACACAUACUCCCCUUGAAAAUGAAAGUAUCCACUAAUUCCAAUUUGGCUUUUUUUCCCCCCUCCAACCCGAACAUACGCCACAUCUCGUGAAUGUCCAAAGCGCCUUAUGAUGCCAUGAUUGCAUACAUUUCUUUACAUCGUUGUUCCCAAUGAGAAUCCCCUUGUUUCAAGAGCAAGUCUUGAAUCAAGCAAUAGUGGAGUGAAAUGCCUUAUUCAAGAUACUUCCCCUGACUUUUUGUUAAGACUCGGUACAAGAUGAAGUCAAGCGUUUUCUUUGGGUUUGUGUGUGGCUUCAGACGGUAUCACCAGACUUGGACUGCGGCCAUUCUCAUAUAUUGCAGUGCAGUAGAUCUUUUUGUCUACACGCAGGGCGACCUCCCUCUGCUGUCGUGCUACUAGAUUCAUUCUCAGAAACUCUCCUCGCCUGUUACAGACAUCAGCUCAGUGGAUGCUGUAUUUAUAUCGCUAACGGCUGCAUCCACCAUAUCCCGCCAUCAGUGGAAGUGACUGAAGAUAUUUUUUUCUUAGACUCCGGUGGGGAAGUUGACAUGAAGUUUUUUUUUUUUUUUUUCAAGGCUGCCAAUCAGAACGAUUAUAAAUCCAAUUGUCAAAAAAAAAAAAAACAAGUAACUUUUUUUGGUUUGUUUUCUUCUAUCACUGAGGCGCACUGAUCACAUUGAUCAGUCUUGGAAACUACAGACUGAGGAAAAAGAUGAAUGAGUGCAGUGUUUUCCACUGUGUUCUGUGACUACACACUAAUAAUUUCAAAGGUUUCUUUUGUUAUUGUAAUUUUUUGUAAUGGCUGCAGAUAGAUUGUUAAUAAUUUGUUUGUAAUACAGUGGUGACAUGCAUCAUUCACUUUCAUUCAACUCUGAAGAUAAUGUGCAUAUUAGCGGGCCGAGUCCUAUUUCGAAAAACAAAAAGUUGCACAAAAAUGUACAAGCGUAAAGAUAAGUGUAGUAGGUAGAACUGCUACUCCGUUUGAUGUGUGAUGUCAGUGAGAAAUGUACAUUUAGCUGGUGAUGACCUUCUUUUCUUCAUUCUUUCUUGUACUACUUUGACCUGUAUGUCUUUUAAAAAGACAAUUGGUGGAGUAUGUAUCAGUUGUUUUUGUAUUUUUAAUACAAUAAUUGUAAAUAUUGGUUAUAUUUUUGUUCAAAUGUACUAUGUUUAUGCCUCAACAUCCAGUUUAUAUGAAGCUGGGAAUCAAUAAAUACUGCAUAAAGAAUCAACACCUAGGUUUAAAUGCACUUAUUCAUUUCUUCUGCAUUUUGAUGUUCUUUUUUUUUUUUGUUUCCAAGGUCAUUUUUCUUUCCGAGGUUUUUCCCCUGAUGCCGUCUAGUGUUUGCACAAGUCAUGGAAGCAACUUGAAAAGUGUAACGCUCAUACUUUUCUAUCUGACCGCAGUGUGUCAGAAUUAAUAAAAAAGAGAUAUUGAAGUCUC